UCUCGCUGUCCACUCCACAGUACGUCCACACCCAGCUCAUAUCAAUGGCCGCUCUACCAUGGUUCAUCCGCACUCCCUUCUUCAUCCUCGUACUACUACUACUCUCCACCGUCUCAUCUUCUUCGUCUUCCCUCACCCCGGCCAACAGCAAUGGCGGCGACACCGACCUCGCCGCCCUGCUCGCCUUCAAAGCCCAGCUCUCCGAUCCUCUCCGCGUCCUGGCCCUCAACUGGACGACCGGCACGUCCUUCUGCCGCUGGGCCGGCGUCUCGUGCGGCCGACGCAGGCAGCGGGUCACCGCUCUAUGGCUGCCGAACACGCCCCUCAAUGGAUCCGUGUCGCCGCACAUCGAUGAACAGGGCGGCUUCUCCCUGACUCCAUUAUCAGAAUGAAACCAAACCAUAAUCUCAUACAAUCAGCUCACUGAAAGGAGCAGCUCAGCAAGGAAUAAACUUUGAAAGUAAAAGCACAUCUUCAAAAGAUGUUUUUUUGGCACGCAGGCCGGGAAAGAACAAACAAACACUAACUACCCCCUCUCGCUCUCAGCAGACCGUGACCACCUCAUGUAACAUCCUGGAUGUAAUUUACCUUAUUUGUACUUCAACUUUUGCCGUUUCCGGCCCUAAGUUAUUCUAUUUCCUCGU